CUCCAUUGGAACUGCUGGAAUGCGGUGCUAAAGACUACUAAAGGCAGGGAAGGAGUUGGAGCUCUUUCCACGUGAUGACAGAGCUGUCACUUCUUCCUUUCAUUCACAGUCUGCUUUCAUACUCUCCAUUCAAACGGAGCUUCGAUUCGAAGUCAGGUCGGAUCGGAGCCAACCUCCGGAGUGCCUAAUUCAGCAAACUCUUAAUAGAGAAAAAAUAGUAUUUUUACAGCCCAUAGCUGUCUAGGUCACGGCCGGGGCCAGUGGUCGGUCAGACAGCAUUAACAUCUGGCGUGUGGUGUGGACUUUUCACGAGGACGAAAAUCGGGGAGGAGCGCCUCUUGAUUUCUCUUUCGACUUCUGUUUUAUUAUGAUCGUUUACUGUAAUCGGACCUCUGCGUGUGGUGCUAUGCUCUGGAAGCAGUAGUGGCAGGUUCUCGUGUGGUUGGAUUUGCUGUGUUGGAAUUCGAUUGGAGUUCUGGAGGGCAGGGCUUCGAUUAUGCCGAAAUUUCUUCCGAGUUGUCGACAUUUCACAGUGGAGAGCAUGGCAGUGAUCUGUGCAAGUGACUGACAGGCUAAGAUCGUUGAUCAGUUCGUAGUGUGGCAUGGUCACGUGACUUGGAAGACGAAAUUCCGCCCGCCGUCCCGUGUCUGCACUUUGGGGUGUAUGCAUGAGGACACGAAAUUGGAGAUUAUUGCCUCAGCAGCACCUCCCUCGGUGUUGUGUGUUUGAUUCAGCUCUCUACUGCUGCAGACGUCUGACUUUCUGCAGAAUUUGAACUUCCGAAGCCCGAAGACUGCAAGAAGUGGGAACAAAUCAGUUCAUUCCUUUGGUGAAUCAUGCAGGAGGAUGAUGGGGUUGAGGCUAGUACCUCUGGAUCUUCACCCCCUAUUGAUAAUCCCUCUGAAGCGGGAGAGAAGAGUAGAAGUUGCAGAGGAUGUCUCCUUUAUUCCAGUUCUUUGAGAGACAGUGCGCAGAAUCCUCUUUGUAUCGGCUUGAGUCGUUCGGAAACUCGAGUGUUUUCGACCAUGGGGGAUUCUGAGCGAGAUGCAACAAAAGAUGGAAGGAGAUUAGCAGACUUCAAAUAUGCGUGCAUAGGCUACUCAAUACACAAAGAUGUAAAAAAUUCUUCUGGAAAGCCUACAGAUGGAGCAGAAUUACCUCUAUGUGUUGGUGUGGAAUUUCUUGCUGAUAGGAGACCUCAAGGGGCAACCACGAGUCCCAUAGAGCAGGGACAUAACGAUGAGGAAGGUCCCGCCCCUAUCAUGCCUCGGCCUCAAUCAUCCCUUCGUCCACCCACUACAAUUGGUGGAAUGUCGGGUGAUGAAUUUGCCUCAAGGUUUUUCAGAUGUGCUGGUUUGGUUGCAUCAGCCGUAGUGAAAAACGUAUCAACCAUGGUGACGUCAAUCAAAACAGGAUUGGAUGAUAUUUAUCACGAGCGUCGGCGCCCCAAGUAAAGUCCAUUAUUUGAUAAAUGUGUACGGAGUCACAGUUUUCAGGACAAGGUCUUGUUUGAACCAGGUCCAUUCAUCUUUUGUCAAAGCUAGGAUACCUUCGUUUCGACUCAAUCAUAAGGAAAGGUCUGAUUUAUGAACCUUAUCAAUUUUGACCGAGUAGAAUGUUACAUUACUUUCCGAUGAUACGGACAUCAUUGUUCUUUUUAACGUUCAGGGAAUCCGAAGAGAGGGAGUCAUGAGGUUCAGACAUCUAUUGACGAGGCAUGAAUUCUGCACUCCUCUCCCCUUAGACCCCAUCCAUCACAUGCACAGUGGUUCCAUUCCACUUUCCGUUCCAAAAAGCUAAGUGAGAUCUCUUUCUGUCAGUUUUAUCUGCUGACCAGCAACAAUGUUUCUAAUCUUUCUGACCAGCAACAAUCCAACUUCAGUUCCACCUUCUGAAUCAAGGACGAAGCUCUUGUUGAUCUCGUGCGUGCAACCCAAAUUCCUAAAUUGUUGAUCGGGAAGGAAAACAUCCGUGGAUCACACGACUUGAUUCAGGCAGCUCUUUGCGACCCCACAUUUUUUUCUCUUCACUGGAUUCCGCAGUCCCAGAAAAAAUAUUGUGUACGUCAAGCAAUGCGGAUGAGAUUUGUCUUCAACCUUGUUAUAUGCCUUUUUGGUGCGUUUGAUGCACCGCGAUCAAAUUAUUUCAUUUAAAUUUGUUAUUUUUUUUAGUUCAUUUGCAUAGCUCACCGUCUGUUUGAGAGCUCUGCAAGAGACUGGUGAGUACUGCAUUGUCUUCACUCUUGUACUUUUCUACAGGCAUAUCACAUUUGUCGUUUGAGAUUCUGAACCAACCGAUCUCAAAGCACAAAUCUGAAUAUUAGUAGCUCACGACACACAGAACUCCGCAUUGAAAUUGUGUGGGUGUUCUAUUGACCAUCUCAGGCCCCUUAGCACUUUGUGUAUGCCCGCUUGUCAUGAAUUGGAAAGAGCCUAGAUGGUACAAUUCAGGCGAGAUCAGGCGGACAUCGAAUGGCCACAAAUUCUCUCGUGGGAUCUCCUACCCCCGGAGGACAGAGUGAGGGACUCUUAACCCUUCUGGCUUGCGUAGCAGGGCUUAACUUACCAAGUGAUCGCAUUUUAUUUCGCACUUUUAUCAUAGAUAAAUUGGUCAUAGAUAGAUAUCAAACAAAUAUAUUAGUGUCAAAACUUAUCUCUAGCAUGGAUGUUAAUAACUCACAUAUUUUUA